UAUUUUUCAAAAACAUCUGGCAUCUCUGGUUUUCGUUUUAGUGUUUCAUUUUCACGAAUUGCAAGUCACUGAAAUAUUUUUGAAGUUUUUCUGGCUAAUUGCUAGACUAUAUCUAUCAAAUGGCGGAAAUGGAAUUCUUGACAAUUGAUAAGGAUGAGUCGGACAUUCGUCCAACGAAAGAUACCGCACUAGACGAGUUAGACCUAGAAGACUUGUACACCAAGUAUAAGAAACUUCAAAAAAUGUUAGAGUUUUUGGAGGUUCAAGAAGAAUAUAUAAAAGAUGAGCAAAGAAACUUAAAAAAAGAGUAUCUCCAUGCACAGGAGGAAGUUAAGCGUAUCCAAUCUGUUCCACUAGUUAUCGGACAGUUUUUAGAGGCAGUUGAUCAGAAUAAUGGUAUCGUGGGAUCAACCACAGGAUCCAAUUAUUUUGUUCGCAUUCUUUCUACAAUUGAUCGAGAACUGCUAAAGCCUUCUGCAAGUGUAGCAUUGCAUAAACACAGUAACGCUCUAGUCGAUGUAUUGCCUCCCGAAGCCGACAGUUCAAUCUCUAUGUUGCAAGCAGAUGAAAAACCAGACGUUCAAUAUUCGGACAUCGGUGGGAUGGAUAUGCAAAAACAAGAAAUUAGAGAAGCUGUAGAGUUACCUCUAACACAUUUUGAGCUGUAUAAACAAAUUGGUAUCGAUCCACCCAGAGGUGUUCUCAUGUAUGGACCUCCUGGUUGCGGUAAGACUAUGCUAGCUAAGGCAGUAGCACAUCAUACUACCGCAGCAUUUAUUAGGGUUGUAGGUUCAGAAUUUGUCCAAAAAUAUCUAGGGGAAGGUCCGCGCAUGGUACGUGAUGUAUUUCGUUUGGCCAAGGAAAACUCUCCAGCAAUAAUAUUUAUUGACGAAAUCGACGCCAUCGCUACCAAACGUUUCGAUGCACAAACUGGAGCUGAUAGAGAAGUGCAGCGUAUUUUAUUAGAGCUGUUAAACCAGAUGGACGGAUUUGAUCAAACCACUAACGUUAAGGUUAUUAUGGCUACUAACCGUGCGGACACUUUGGAUCCCGCUCUGCUUCGUCCAGGCCGUUUGGACCGUAAAAUUGAGUUUCCUUUGCCAGACCGGCGUCAAAAACGAUUGAUAUUUUCAACAAUUACUGCCAAAAUGAAUCUGUCCGAAGAUGUCGAUCUUGAGGACUACGUUGCACGACCAGAUAAAAUAUCUGGAGCUGAUAUUAAUGCUAUCUGUCAAGAAGCAGGCAUGCACGCUGUUAGAGAAAACAGGUAUAUUGUUCUUGCAAAAGAUUUUGAAAAGGGAUAUAAAAAUAACAUAAAGAAAGAUGAAACGGAACAUGAAUUUUAUAAAUAAUAAUUUGUUUUGGCAGAAUACAUAGAAAGUAUGAAACAUUAAAA